GAAAAAUAAAGACAGACGGUGUAAAGCAGAAACGGUCAGUAUAGAGAGAGGGACAGUGAAAAGAGAGAAAUGGGGACCGACGGAACAGCAGCAGCAGCAGCAGCCAUGGCGGCGAGCGGCGGAGGAGGGACACCGGCGACGGGGCCGAAGAAGAGAGGUCGGAAACCUAAGAACAAGGAGGAGGAGUCGCAGCAGCAGAGCAGCGGAGGGAAGAUAAAGGAAGGAAGCGGGAAGAAGAGUCACCAACCCACCGCCGACGAGAAGUACUCUCAAUGGAAGGCUCUCGUCCCCGUCCUCUACGACUGGCUUGCCAACCAUAACCUCGUUUGGCCCUCUCUCUCUUGCAGAUGGGGUCCGCAGCUUGAGCAAGCAACUUACAAGAAUCGCCAGCGUCUCUACCUCUCAGAGCAAACGGAUGGCAGUGUGCCCAAUACUCUGGUCAUAGCAAAUUGCGAGGUUGUAAAACCGAGGGUUGCAGCUGCAGAGCACAUAUCUCAGUUUAACGAAGAAGCCCGCUCUCCAUUUGUGAAGAAGUUCAAGACCAUUAUCCACCCUGGAGAGGUCAACAGAAUCAGGGAACUCCCCCAAAAUAGUAAGAUCAUUGCGACUCACACAGACAGCCCUGAUGUUCUCAUUUGGGAUGUUGAAACGCAACCGAACCGUCAUGCUGUGUUUGGAGCUGCAAAUUCUCGCCCGGAUUUGAUACUAACCGGACACCAAGACAAUGCUGAAUUUGCGCUUGCAAUGUGCCCUACUGAGCCCUUUGUUCUCUCUGGAGGCAAGGACAAAUCAGUUGUGUUGUGGAGCAUCCAGGACCACAUCACAACAGUGGCUACAGAUUCCAAAUCUGCAGGAUCUAUCAUCAAACAAUCUGGGGAAGGUAAUGAUAAAUCUGAGAGUCCUUCUGUUGGUCCGCGAGGAAUUUAUCAAGGGCAUGAAGAUACAGUUGAAGAUGUAACGUUCUGCCCAUCUAGUGCACAGGAGUUCUGCAGUGUUGGUGACGAUUCUUGCCUUAUACUAUGGGAUGCACGAACUGGCACAAGCCCUGUCAUCAAGGUUGAGAAGGCACAUGAUGCUGACCUUCACUGUGUUGAUUGGAAUCCCCAUGACAACAAUUUGAUUCUGACAGGGUCGGCGGAUAACACUGUUCGGUUAUUUGAUCGCCGAAGCCUUAGCUCUAACGGAGUCGGUUCACCUAUUUACAAAUUUGAGGGUCAUAAAGCUGCUGUUCUCUGUGUUCAGUGGUCUCCUGACAAGUCAUCUGUAUUUGGGAGCUCUGCGGAAGAUGGCCUAUUGAACAUUUGGGAUUAUGACAAGGUGGGCAAGAAGUCUGAGCGUGCAGCCAAAGCUCCUCCUGCCGGGCUGUUUUUCCAGCAUGCUGGUCACAGGGAUAAAGUCGUGGACUUUCACUGGAAUGCAUCGGACCCGUGGACUAUUGUCAGUGUUUCUGAUGACUGUGAGAGUACUGGUGGUGGUGGCACAUUGCAGAUAUGGCGGAUGAGUGACUUGAUUUACAGACCAGAAGAUGAAGUCUUGACCGAGCUGGAGAAGUUCAAGUCACAUGUUCUCUCUUGCGCCCCCAAGCCUUGAAAAGAACAUCUCUCUCUCUCUCUCUCUCAGGGUAUGACUAACUAGUAAAGCUGAUGCGAUUUAGGUAUCUGUUCCAUUCCAGGAACCAAGGAGAUUCUGCUUUUUUUUUUCUUUCUGUAGUGUGGUUAUCAGAGAGAUUGUUAGGUUAGGGCGUUUAGAAUUCUUCGUGGUUUUUGCUUCUUGAACAUGUUUCUUUCGGAUUGGCUUCUUGACUGGUAGAACUGCUUUUAUUGUCGGUAUUUGCCUUGAGCAGGUGA